AACUUCUUCAACAUUGUAUUUUUUCAGGGGCAUGAUACCACCUCAUCAGCUCUUAGCUUCAUCUUGAUGAUGUUAGCAGUACAUAAAAAAUGGCAGGAUUUGAUUUACGAAGAAAUCAUGCAGACCUCAGGCGAAUCCACGGAAUAUCCAUCGUUGAAGGACUUGAAUGAUUUGAAACUCAUGGAAAGAGUCAUCAAAGAAAGCCUUAGAGUUUUUCCAGCUGUUCCUUUCAUCGGAAGGAUACUCGAAGACGACAUACACGUCAAUGGAUAUUUAUUGCCAAAGGGAGCGUCGGUACAUAUUCAUAUAUUUGAUAUUCAUAAGAAUCCAAAAUACUGGGACGACCCGGAAAAGUUCGAUCCGGAUAGAUUUUUACCGGAUAAUUGUGUCAACAGACAUCCGUUUGCAUAUGUUCCUUUCAGUGCCGGGCCAAGAAAUUGCAUUGG